UCCUUGCUCGGCUGUUCGACACACUGCCAGCUUCGUAUUUGUCUUCUCUGUUCCUCUUGUUCUUUUCUUCCAUGUUUGUAGUUUCUUCCACGAUCAGUCCAUACUAGAUGUCGAGUCCGCAAGACGCCGUUUCUCAGGACUAGAAGCCUUCUGUUCAUAAAGACCUUUCCUGAAACGAGCUUCAUCAUCCUGUCGACCUUAUUUUCCACCUCGUUGCCCGCUGUUGUGUCUGCUUAUACAAGCAAUCCCGGCCGGAUGCCAUACACUGCGCCGUUGAAGACGUCGCCUUCUGCGCAGCACAUUGAACACUCUGAACUCACUCCACAAUCCUGUCCUAGCUCCCCCACCGCUGUCGUCUCUCAUCCUCAACGCCAGCAUUUGCCUCGUUCGUAUUCUUCCACCUCUUAUGUGCGAAGGCACCGACGAAGCCCUUCGAGUAGCAAGGUGUUUGUCUUUCCAGAGCCCGACGGUCGUUUCAAAGUGGAUCAUGUCAGCGACCCGCAUGCCAGUAUUCGAACGUCGCCACCUCCCAUAAGUGAUGCUGUCAUCCCUCCUGGGGCUUUGAUCUCACCACCUGAAUCUGCCAACAAUUCAAGUGAUGAAGAGGCGGCAUACCCAUCCCAGGACGGGCUCCAGCUGAAGAGAUUGGAGGCUGCGGUGAGGUCCAUUGAACAGAGACGAGUAUCUUCACCGGAGAGGCAGUCGUCGGAGGUUCAGCCCUCAUCGAGCAUGGCAGCCAUUGCUGGUGGCCCAGUCCAACCUCCACGACCCCCCCUCUCCAGAGAGGCUCGCAAAAUAUCCCACUCUCGAUCGGUUACAGAAACCUCAAUUGACCGUAGGCAGGAGGAGGCUUUGACUAGCUCUCCAGAAGAAAGUGACAGAGAUGAUGAGCCCCCGGUCAGGCAUCCCAUGGUCCGCAAGAAGUCUGGAGAACUGGUGAGGCCAGCCCUUCGCCCACCUUCGGCUCGGCGGCGCCCAUCUAGCAUGCCGGGGACUCCAACUUACGCAAAGGCUGUUCACUUCGACGCUCAGCUGGAACAUAUUCGUCAUUUUCUACAAUUGGAUAAGCCUCAAGCCGUGAGUGCCGACACAUCACCAGUGGAGGACUUUGACACAGCAGAGGAAUUUCCGUUCAAGAAGGGUCAUCGGGACAUGCCCGCUUUUGAGUGGGAGCUGGGUCUGUCGAACUUCCCCAAAGACAGCUCCUCUCGGGCUAAGCAACGCGUUCGAUUGGAACGCCUGCACUUGUCUUCGGAUAAAAACACCAUGAUCGGAGUCGUUGGGGUUGCCAACCUGGCUUUCCACAAGCACGUUGCCGCUCGGUUCACUCUUGAUAAUUGGAAGACUGUUUCUGAAGUCUCCGCUGAGUACAAUGACGACCCUCGACGAAAGCCUAUUCAGGAUGGCUAUGAUAGGUUUGCUUUUAGUAUCCGGCUGGAUGAUCAGGCAAAUUUGGAGAGGAAAACCAUGUUUAUCUGCGUUCGCUACAAUGUUGCUGGAGAGGAGUAUUGGGACAACAACAACUCAGAAAACUACCAAGUCAACUUUCGCAGAGUACCAAAAGAAAUGCCCCAGGCCCAGGCUCCACCAACGCGUCCUCGUACAAAUUUGCCGAGGAGCAGGAGCUUUGCUGGAUCUAUCAGCCGCCCACACUCAAUGCCGCCUUCAUUUGAUGCGUUGUCUGAGAUGGACAAGUACAUUUCGUUUGGCAACCCACCAACAAAUGGCAAGAAGGAGCAUUUGGCUGAUGAUGAUCCGCAUGACGUUGAAUUGGUUGCUCCGAUCCGUCGCGAUAAGCAAAACCACCAGGUGUUUGGGAAUCGCUACGAUUUCGAAGCCUCAUUGACGGCAGCUAUGCGGACCAAGCCUACUCACGAUCGCACGACAUUGACAGCUCGAGCAAAAUCGAAACUUCCGUCGCAUGGUAGUCAUAGCCAUUCGUCGGAACGGAGAACAAGCCAGAAGGAGGAGAACGCGCCUUUGCCUAGCAGAGGUAGCCAGCAGCCGGGGUCCCCAGACCACCAUAAACCCUCUACCAUCGUUUCUGGCAAGCCGCAUCGCGAGUCGUCGGUGUACAAAGAGUUGGUUGAUAAAUACUGUUUCUUCGGAUCCGGAUCGAUGAAUUACCCAAAUGGUGCAGUCGGUCCUGUCACGGCAAGUCCGGACUAUGAGACCCGGUCGGGCUCUAGUAGCAGUUCCAGCUCGGUGUCUCCAUGCUCAUCUCCUCGCAUGGAUGCGGUUUAUGGUGGCGAUUCUCGACACUCUCCUGCCGCUCCAUCGUCACCGAACCAUAUCGGAUAUGGAUACCUUCAGCCUAUGCAGAACAGCUUUUUGAAGGAUACGCAGACACCUGCUAUCAUCCAAGGAUGAAGGAAGAUGCAUAAUCGCUUUAGACCCCGCAGCAUACGGUAUCACACGCGAACGUCAUUUGCUUUUAACGUGUCUCUUGUGUCCCUCCAUUGAUGGAUGCCACGGCAAUUUUUAUUUCUAUGUUUUCUUCCUCUUUCUUUUUUUCCCCACGCGGGAUAAGCAUUCUGAAGUCUA